CUUUGAGUUAGAGCGUGGAUUUGAAUGACUGGCUACUCAGUUUGAUGUUAUGCAGUUUUUCAGCACAGUUUGUGAUAGAGUUUCCUCUUUCAGUUCAAAUAUAUAUGAAACCUUCUAUGAUCUUAUUAAAAAGUUCACUUUGUUUUACUCUGGAGUCCUUAUAAGUAUAAGAGAAGGUAUUUUGGCAGAAAUAUUCCCGAGCCUUCUUUUGUCGUAUAAUGCCACGGUCCUCCUCAUACUGACUCUAUUUUUGCUGGGUCUAUCAACAUUUUUACUACUACGGCACUUAAAGUCGCAUGUGCCUUUGCGUGUUAAAACCACUCAAGUUCCUCGGGGAUUUCGCCGAAGAGAUAAGAUCAGGUACCAUGCAAUCAGGUUCGGGCGCAAAUUCAGCGAAAUAACGGAGGAGUUAAAAAAGGUACAGACAAAGGAAGAACGGAGAACUACUAUCAUAAAUUUCGCGAGAAAAAUCUUCAAGUUGCAUGACAUCGAAAAGUCGCCGACGCUGGCCUAUGGUCGACUUCCUGAGUCGUUUUUUGAACCAGAUGAGGAAGAUGUCUCUUCAUUACCAGAAGAUCUCCGCUUGAUGAUAAGUUCGAUAAGGGUUUUUGGGCAACUGGAAAAAUCAUUUUUUAUAAGGUUUUGCAAAUUCAUUGAGACAAUAGAGCUAAAUGUAGGCGAGUAUCUGUUCCGUAUUGGAGAUGAAGAUAAAUAUGUGUAUGUUAUUCGUAGUGGUAGAAUCCAAAUCACUGUCACAGAACCGGAUGGAUCCAAGUGCAUCAUCGCUGAAGUUGGAAAAGGUGGGAGUGUUGAUAGUUUGCUAUCUGUUCUGGGUAUACUUACUGGUUAUCCUUCAACUUUUGAGUUCAUGGAAGCAGUCGCUUUGGAGCCCACAACUGUAUUAUGCUUACCGGCCCGAUCAUUUUUGGAAAUAUGCAAAACACAAACACCUCUUUUUCGCAUUAUUCAGAUGAUUGCAGUUAGACUUCAGCGUUUGAGCUUCAACGCGUUACACACUUAUCUUGGUUUAAGUUCGGAACUAAUUAAUAAGGACUUUUCCCCUAUAUCUGGUUCAUCUGAAGCUCACGAAUUCCUAUGCAAGGUUUUUGAGAAGAGACCAUCAAUGAAAGACUUUAACGAGUUCGGUAAUAUUAGUUUAAAGUAUCCGGAUUUAGAUCUUACAUGUUCAAAAGUUAAAUUUUCCAUAUCGAAUGUCACAGAUGAUCAAAAGUCCAAAAAUUCUGAAUCAGAAUUAGAACAGGUUUUCACCUAUAAUGAUGAUCUGAAUUUAGAUUCAAUGUCUCAAUCUGGUGCACUUGAAUUAGGUGAAAGUCCUAUAUUUUACAAUCGGAAAACGGCAUCACCUAUAUUUUCACCUUCCCAACCACCUAGUCCAAAUUGUAAACAUCGUUCCACUAAUUUACGUCGGGCACGCUCUCUUGCAGAUACAUCUCGUAAACUUCAAUUAAACUAUGACGAUGUAAAUGAUGUGAUAAAAGACAUUGGUAAUAAAAAUAACAAAGGAGAACCUUGUGAUUUUGUUAAAGAUGUUAAUUUUACCAAAAGUGAAUUAGAAGAAAUGAUAAAAUUCGCUGAAAAAGAUUUAGCUAAUUUAUUAAAUUUAACCGAUACCAGUAUCCUGCAUGAACAUGUUUCACUUACCACUGUUUCAUCUGAUUUUAUACUUUCAAGAGAAUGUGAAAUGCAAUUAGAAAUGUAUUAUGUAAUAUUUGGAGAAUUGAGAGCUUUCCAAUCAACUAAUGAUGGACCUAAUAAUAAUGUCAUUACAAUGUUUAGAUGUGGACCGGGAAAAGCAGUUGGACUUUUGGGACUGAUAACCGGUGAACCAAAUAUUUAUGGCGUACAAGCUACGACAAAAACUAUUGUAGCUGUUUUAUCCCGUGAGACAUUUUACUCUGUAGUUCGUCAAUAUCCUAAGGCUUUGUUCAGUGUUACUCAUAUUAUUUCUUCUCAUUUAUCACCGUUAUUUCAUCAACUUGAUUUUGCCAUAGAAUGGUUGUCUGUUAAAUCAGGAAAGGCUUUAUAUAAGAAAGGAGAAAUCGCAAAUCAUGUAUAUGUUGUUUUAAGUGGUCGAUUAAGACAAGUCGACAAUAUGCCUGAUGGAGGUCAUCGUAUAGUCAGUGAGUUGGGGCGUGGUGAUCUCGUUGGUUUUCUUGAAGUCAUUAGUCAGCAAACACGAAUAUCUACAGUUAUGGCGAUUAGAGAUUCAGAAUUAGCUCAAAUUCCUUCACAUUUACUUCAUCAUCUUAAGAAUAAAUUUCCACAAGUUUUAACUCGUAUUAUUCAAUUAUUAUCGGAUAAAUUAUUGGGUAAUUUAACAACUAGUUCUAGUACGGCUAGUCAAUUGGGUAUGCCACUUCUACAUAUGACUAGUACAAAUUCUUUACUUACUGGUGGAUUAGGUUAUACAACUGGUGAGAAUUCCAAAUUGGAUGUUUUAUAUAGUCCAUUGAAUAGUGGUGUUAUGACUAAUCUACGUACAAUCGCUGUAUUACCUACUACAACUGACAUUAAUGCUGAGGCAUUCACUUUGGAAUUACAACAUUCUAUGAGUUCGAUGGGAUCAUCUGUUCGUCUUACUUCAGAUAUCGUACUGAAACGUUUAGGUUCAUGCGCAUUCGAUAGCGUUAGCCAGUAUAGACUUAGUACUUGGUUAAGUCAUCAAGAAGACUCACAUCGUAUUGUUUUCUUUGUUUGUGACUGUCAGCGAGUUUCAGCCUGGAAUCGUAUAUGCAUUCGUCAAGCUGAUUGCAUUUUGGUUUUAGCUUUGCAUUCGUCUGAUCCAGCGCGUCCCUCACCAAUAGAGAUGGCAUUAAAAAAUGACCCAACGAAGGUUGCCAAAGUGCUUAUUCUUAUGUAUCCUUUAGAUACAGAUUAUACAGAAUCCGGUAAAACUGCAGUAUGGUUAAAUGCUCGACCAUGGAUUAGUCAACAUUAUCAUAUACGCUGUGAACCUCGUGUAUUUAUACCUCGUUCAAAGUUGAAUCUCAUCAAUUUUUAUACUCAAGUAUUUGCUCGUGAAAAACCUAAUCCACUAUCUGAUUUCUCUCGUCUUGCUCGUUACAUAGUAGGUGAAGCUGUUGGUCUUGUUCUAGGCGGUGGAGGAGCAAGAGGCUGUUCACAUGUUGGACUGAUACGUGCUUUUCAAGAAGCUGGGAUUCCAAUUGAUUUAGUUGGUGGUACAAGUAUUGGCUCUUUUAUGGGUGCUUUAUGGGCUGAUGAAACUCGUGUUGCACAGUUUACUCAAAGAGCUAGAAAUUUCACUAACUGUUUCAAUUCUAUAUGGAAAAAAAUAAAAGACUUCACUUAUCCUGCAGUGUCGAUUUUUUCUGGUAAAGAACUUAAUCGUCAACUUCAAUCGACAUUUCAUGACCGUCAAAUUGAAGAUUUUUGGCUUCCUUUCUUUUGUGUAACAACAGAUAUAACAAAUUGUAAAAUGCGUAUUCAUACACAAGGAUCGUCUUGGAGAUAUGUACGUGCAAGCAUGUCAUUAUCUGGUUAUUUGCCACCAUUAUGUGAUCCUUACGAUGGAAGUUUAUUGUUGGAUGGUGGGUAUACUAACAAUCUACCAGCCGAUGUAAUGGUAUGUUUCGGUGCGAAAACGAUCUUUGCUAGUGAUGUUGGUGCUGCUGUAGAGACAGAGCUUACAAAUUAUGGUGAUCAUUUAUCUGGUUGGUAUUUGUUAUACAAUCGAUAUUUCAGAAUUGGCACUCCUGUACUACGUAUCCCAAGUCUAACAGAAAUUCAGGCUCGUUUAGCUUAUAUUUCUUGUGUACGACAAUUGGAAUAUAUAAAGGCCAGUGGUAUAUGUUUUUAUCUUCGACCACCGGUUGAUAAGUAUCUAACUCUUCAAUUCUCUGCGUUUGAUGAAAUAGCUAAUGUUGGCUAUGAUUACAUUAAAUAUAUACUUAAUACUUGGCACGAAGAAGGUCGUUUACAAAAUCUCAUACCAGGUGUGAAACUACAUAUUUCCUCUUUGACUGAAAUAUCUACAUGUGAGAUAGAUCCGUCAACUACUCAGUUAACUCCAGUUCAUUCAACAGCAACUCAUAACUGGUUAACUCAGAGUUUUAGUGAUCAGCCCACAUUCAUUGAUCUAGCUGAAUGUGUAGCUAAAACAUCCAAAGGUGUGAAUUCUUCAGGUUCUGAUAAGUACCAUAGAGCAGAUGGUACCAAUGUACAAAAUUUCCCUCAAUUACCUGAUAUAGCUAGUAAAAUUACUGUAACUGAUAUUCCUACCUAUACCGAUCCUACUGUUUCCAGUGGUAGCAGUAUAACUGCUGUAAGGAAAUUUCCGAAAUCUACACACACUGUUGUUUCAGAUUCAACAUCACGAUAUUUUGAUACUGAUCACUGUUUACAGUCUGGAUCCAGUUCGAAAAUUUCAUCUUCAAAUGAACAACAUCGCAAGGAAGAACAAAAGCAUAUUUUCGACUUUUUGAAGAAUAAUCUGUCUUCCAAGAGUAGACGACGUUUUCUAAGUGAUUGUUACGAUUCAUCUUUAAAUGUCGGUAGCAGUUAUUCAUACCGAAAUUCAGACGUCUUAUGUAAUGUAAAUCGUGCUCCAAUCCUAAACAAUUUGAUUAUAAGUGGUGUCUACCCUAAUCAUUUACGGAAAUAUAAAUCUGAUUAUGGUCUACAAGCGUAUGACAACAGUCAAACAGGGAAUUUAAUGAUGAAUAGUGAUCUCGACCCAGUAGUUAAUGCAUCUGAAAAAUCUGCACACGUUACUAAAUACAGUCUGUCUUCCUUUAGAUCUUUGGAAGAUGAUGGUUAUUUAGAAGAUGAUGAAAGUUCCACAGACUGUGCACAUUCUCCAGUUACAGCAUCUGAUCCCGAAUUAAGACAUGAUGUUUACCCCGAAUCCAGUAAUGCAGAAGACAGGGUUUUGCGCCAGAGAUCAUCUUCUAUCUAUGGACUUCCACAUUAUUUGUUACAUACAGAAGUGUCAAACAAGAGAUGUGAUUCACCGAAUUCUGAUAAUAAUGUGAAAAAUCCAUCCAUCAUAAAAGGUCAACAAGGAAGUAAUGAUGCGAAUGUGUUUAUGAACAACCCAUUGCUUAAGUUAGAUAUGACAUCUGUACGUAAUCGGACGAAGCCAAAUCGCAAAAGACAUCACCGUUCAUCAUUAGAUCGAUUACGGACUGAUCGUGAUCGAGGGGCAGCAAACUCGCUUGUUAACCUGCCAUAAUGACAAGUUAAAUGAUUACAUUGAAUUGAUAAAUAAUAUGUGCUUUUGUAUGUACAUAUUCGUAAAAUUGUGAUAUUUCAUUUAUCAAUUACGUCUACGUAUAUGAAGACAUGUUUGCUUUUAUAUUUUAUUUCUUCUUACUUACAAAUACUCACUCACUCAUUCACUUUCAUCCUAAAACAAGGAGAUUCUUUAAGCUAAUAUACAUAUAUAUUUCAUAAGUAAAGAGCAAAUUAACUUCACAUUUUCCCACGUGAUAAAUAUUUGAAAACAGAUGUUAUAUUUCAUGUUUACUAUAUACAUUACCUACAACGAUUUCAUUUUGAGUGUUCUUUUCUUCUACAUUUAGCUCAUGUAUGGUAUAACUGAGUUUACUUGAAUGCUGUAUGUGUUUAAAUUGUAUAUCAACCUGUAACAAUCGAAACGCCAUUUUUAUUGAUGUGACUGUUUAUGUUUAGGCUAAUGUGAAGGGCGACUGAAAUGCUUUUACAAAAAUAAAGGCUGAACUAAGCGAAUAGGAGUAUGUGAGUUACACUAAUCUGUGAAGUAAAAUGAAAUCAAUAUUAUCAGGGUAGGUUUAUUGUCACUACUGAUUAUUUUUUAACACACAGGAGGGUUUGAAUUUCCGUGUUGUUAAGAUUGCAGCAAAUCUAAUCAUUAGUUCUGGAUCAUUUUCAUGAAACAUCACAAAGUUAAUUUAAGACUAAUCCUACGACCUGCUUUAACUAUAUGUUUGACACUACAGAUUGCUGUUUACUCUCCGAUCCUACUAAAUUAUCCCAUUUCAUAUAAACCUAAAUCUAAUUAGUAUCAGAAGGUUAAAAUGCUUCAAACACAGGUUAUUUCUCAUUUAAUACUUACUGAU